UGAUUGUCUCACCAACCUCGGUACACAGCAACGGUUGUCCCGACAAGCGGCGGCGCGACUCGCCGCCCUGCCCCCUGCGUCCCUCUCACGGCCGGCCUCUAAAUACUACUCCUACAUCACCACGGCCGCCCCCCUGCAGUAGACCCCGCAGGCAAGCCAGCGAGAUCGGCGCGUCGCGUGACUCCGCCCAGCUAGUAAAGCAGCGCCGAUGGUGGAGAUCCCGGUGGUCGACCUGCGGCUCGCCGGCGCGCAGCCGGAGGAGUCGGCGCGGCUGCGGGACGCGUGCGAGCGCCUGGGUUGCUUCCGCGUGUACGGCCACGGCGUGCCCGCGGCGCUCCAGGCGGAGAUGAAGGCCGCCGUGCGCGCGCUCUUCGACCUCCCCGACGAAGCCAAGCGCCGCAACGCCGACAUCAUCGCCGGCAGCGGCUACGUCGCGCCCAGCCCCGCCAACCCGCUCUACGAGGCCUUCGGCCUCCUGGACGCCGCCGCCCCCGUCGACGUCGACGCCUUCUGCGCGCGCCUCGACGCGCCGCCCCGCGCCAGGGAGACCGUCAAGAGCUACGCCGAGGCGAUGCACGAGCUGAUCGUGGACGUCGCCGGCAAGGUGGCCGCGAGCCUGGGGCUGGAGGGCCACCCGUUCCAGGACUGGCCGUGCCAGUUCCGCAUCAACAGGUACAACUACACGCAGGACACCGUGGGGUCCUCGGGCGUGCAGAUCCACACGGACUCCGGCUUCCUCACCGUGCUCCAGGAGGACGACUGCGUCGGCGGCCUCGAGGUGCUGGACCCCGCCACCGGCGAGUUCGUCCGCGUCGACCCCGUCCCCGGCUCGUUCCUCGUCAACAUCGGCGACGUCGGCACGGCGUGGAGCAACGGGAGGCUGCACACCGUGAAGCACCGGGUGCAGUGCGUGGCGGCGGUGCCCCGCAUCUCGAUCGCCAUGUUCCUGCUCGCGCCCAAGGACGACAGGGUGUGCGCGCCGGAGGCGUUCGUCGACGCGCAGCACCCGCGCCGGUUCAAGGCGUUCAACUACGAUGACUACAGAAAGCUCCGGCUGUCCACCGGCGAGCGCGCCGGCGAGGCGCUCGCUCGAAUGGCUGCGUGACGUAGCUAUCUGGCGGGGCUUGUUUAGGUUCGAGACUGUAAACUCUGAGCUGUUCAGAGAGAGCUAAGCUUCAGUCGAUUAUUGACGGUUGAACCAAGUGAGGCUGUGAAUUGUCGUUGUUUUCAUCUAUCAAUAAAAUCUUGUACGUACUCUAAAAAAAAAGCUGGUACGAAUUGCAAAAGUGAAAACUGCAAAAGGUGCAAACACGCAGCAAUCUUUUUUUUUA